GGCUGGACUCACAGUCGCUAAAGUCACAGUCACCGUCUGUACAUAGCACUCGCCGUCACGACUUUCUCGACCUUUCUCCAGCGAAUCCUUUGACAAGGUAGACUUUCGCACCGUCAGCGCGUCCGUUGAUUCCUCCAGUCUUGAAGACCUGCCGUAGAAGCGCGCGCCGUGUGUAAUUCGACCAUGGCAUCUCCGCACGUGCGUCUUUUUUCCCAUUAUCCUCCUCUCGUCUUUCAAGCAGCGCCUUGGUCCUCGUCCACUGCGAUCCGACGCGCUGCUGCCCUCAAGCCCCUCCUUUUCCACCACGUAAUGCCGCCGCUACGGACACUGUAUCGCACCAUAUCACAACUCACGAUUCCUAAACUCCGAGCGCCUCGAAAUUCGCGGAUUUGAAACGGUGAUCCUUGUAAGGACAUGCCGUUCUAGACGCCGAAUGAAGUGGCCGAGAUGUCACCAAGUGUCAGUCAAGAAAAUUCCACGGAAAUGAAAUGCGU